AUGCCGAACGCGAACAGUGGCCGCCGCCGUCGCACUGAGUGGGACUAUGGGGGCGGCCGUUGGCAAUGGCGGCCACAAUACACUGGCAGGAGACAGUGGAGCAAUUGGGAAGACUUCAACGUCCAUCGCGGGGAGGAUCUUCUUCGCAAGUACCGUAUGGAAGGGGAGGAGCUGUACAACCGUGCCUUCCAAGCCCGUGUUCCCGAAUGUCAAGGGCUUCCCACAGCGAUGGCCACACGUACGGAAGAGUACUGGAACCAUUGGACCGCUGGUCAGAUGGUCAUGCAAGCUGGAAUGGGGUGGGGAGGCUUCACCGACGCGCCAGCCGCAACUCUUCCAUCACCCUGCCCCAUCAGCCAUGAUGUGCAGCUCGUCAUUGACAAUAUCCUCCGCCUGCAGUGCAUGGCACCUGAGCAGGCGGCAAAGGCCUUGAAGGACACAGCGGCCCUGCAGGGCCCAUAUCAAGAUUGA